UCGAUAUGACAAAAUAAAUCAGUAGCCGUAUUUCAUUAUAACUUCUGUUCUUAGUAAAGCCUAAAGUUGAUUUUAUUAUUGUUUUUAUUAGAAAUGAAGGCAAAACAACACCAAAACUAUGAAGAAAAAUAUGAAAGGAAAUUCAGUUCCUUAAGAUUUCCGCCAAAACCAAUACCAAAACAUGUUCUUUCUCGUACAAUUAAAAUUGUUAGCGAUUCAAAUGAUAAAUUUUGGUUAAACAAAAAUUCAUCUUGUGCGCCGCCAGUUAAUUAUGAGCUUCACAAUCAUUCCGAUGCGUACAAAAAGUUAAAUUUAGCUCGCAAAUGUAUAUUAGGACGUGACUGGCAUAACCUGGCAAAACUAUUAACAACCAACUUGGUCGGUGAUAGUUUGAUACAAAAGAGUUCAUAUCCCGUGUUUUCCCAAUAUGUCUCAAUCUUCUUAACAUUGGAGAACCCCGAACUUUUGCAAAAAUUACAACAGACAAUUACACCAUCUACGUCCACAAUAAAACAUCAUAACUUAAAAUCGCUUGAUAACGAUAAUAAUACGUAUAUAUAAAAUAAAAUGUCUACAAUAAAUUUAACGAUAUUUGUUUCCCUUA